AUGGGCGACUGGUCUCGGACGGGGCUGAUUGACGAGCCAUGCAACUCGACAUCUAGUGCCUCUACCAAAUCUACCGGCCAUACCAUGGACGACUCUUCCAACGAUGAUGGCCUUCGCGUAGAACGUCUCUUGGAGCAACGUAGCCAGCUCACCGAUCAGCUUCUCGAGAGCCCGUACGACUUAAUGCUGUACUUGGGUCGUGCCGUAGUCUAUGCUGACCUGGGCUACCCAGACCUGGCCGCCGGCGAUGCUUACAAGGCUCUGCUAUUGACCGACGAGGUUAGCGACGAAAGUUUCGAAUUUCAUGAACAGUCUCUCGAAGCGCUUGAAAAGUAUCAGCAUGGGCCACUGCCGACCGUGUUGGACCAUGGGUUGCUCAGCCAGAUGGCAGGUACGGAGGAUGUGCAAUGCGACGCCAACAUGCUGGCUCGCGUAGGCUCUGUUCGUGCUUAUCAGAUCCUCAGCCUUGGCCUCCUCCUCAUCGGCUGCCUUAAGAGCGCUCAUACCUUCUGCGAGCGUGGACUUUCUAUUGCGCCGGACAACCAGGAGUUGCUCAACGUACGCCACUACAUCGUGACCGUCGGGCAGCGUAGACUGCGCCAAACCAACUUUGAUCCCAAUGAUCUGCCAGAAUGGGGCAUGGUACGACGAGAAGUGUACCCAUGGAACGACCACGAGCCGGACCGCUUUUCUGACGAAUCGCUCGAAUUCCUCAACAGAGAGCUCUCAACUAUGGCUCCGAAAUGCGCCGUUCAGGUUGCGACCCUACCAGUCUUGCUCGAGGCCGCCAGCGACAUGGAUAACUACCAGGUCAUUCCGACCUGCAAGCAGCUGGGAGUUUUUGCCACGGAGGAUAUAGCAGCCGGGGAGACCGUGCUUGAGGAAUACUCACUAGUCACUGCCAAUAAUCGCCUGAAAGAAUCCGUUUGCGACGCCUGCAGUGAGGAGUUACCGCCACUUGGCAGCGAGUCCACGGCAGUGAACUGCGAGGAAUGUUACGAUACAGUCUUCUGUAGUCAAUUUUGUUACGACAAGGCCCAGGAGCUGUAUCAUCCCGCUGUCUGUGACAAGGACGUUGACUCGAUUGCCAAAGACACAGAUGCUCGGAACGCAGACGAGGCACUCCAUCUCCUGCUCCUCGCACGCAUCCUCGCAAUGGCUGCGCACCAAGAUAUGCACCCUUUGGAUGUGAGUCAAAUCAAGUACAUCUGGGGUGACUUUGUAUCCUCGCGGGAGAAUGAAAUCGAUCCGUCGCCAAAUGCUGGACCACCACCGCAGUGGACGUUGCCAUUCUCGUUCACAUACAACAUUGAAACUCCGUUUCACAUCUUGGAGAAGAUGGACAUUGACGUGUAUGCCACGGUUGCACAGCAUGAUUUGUGGGUCCUCAACACGCUGUAUAGCAAAUUUCGCGGAACUGCAUCGGCUCGCAAGAAUCCACGUGACGGGAGACCCGACGUGGCUGCUGUUCAUCCCUUCUGGUGCCUUGCAAAUCACGACUGUGACCCUAACGUGACAUGGAACUGGGGUGGGCGCAUGGUGCUCAAAGCUCGCGAGACUCGUGUUGUCGGCAACAGGCCUGGCGGCAUCCGCAAGGGUGAGGAAAUCCUUAACCACUACUGUGACGUGACUAUACCUGUGCAAGACCGCCGGGAAUGGGCUCGUGGUAGUCUAGGCGGAUGGUGUAUGUGCUCCAGAUGUCGUGAGGAAGCGGCAGCAGCAUCAACAAGCACAGACACGAAUACCAAUGGCUGGCAAACCCAUUGA